AUGUGGCGACGGCUCUACCUCUUUCUUCUGCUUGUGCGCCUGUACUUUGCGAUUCAACCCAGCUACAUCCAUCCAGACGAACACUUUCAGGGGCCGGAGAUAAUUGCUGCUCAAGUCUUCGACUGGCCGUCCGAUCCUCCCUGGGAGUUCACAGACGACGAACCCAUCCGCAGCUACUUUCCUCUCUGGCUGGCUUACGGCUUCCCCCUGACUCUCCUGAAAUGGAUCUGGGAAGGCCUGGGAUAUGGCAAUGUCCAGCCCAUGCUGGCGUUCUACGCUCUGCGGAUCUUCAUGUUCAUCCUGAGCUUCGUACUCGAGGACUGGGCACUACACGAACUCAUCCCUUCACCACGCGACCGGACGAGAGCCAUCGCUUUGGUGGCCUCCAGCUAUGUCACCUGGACGUUCCAAAUGCACACCUUCUCCAACAGCAUCGAGACGCUGCUGGUGCUAUGGUGCAUCGUACUCAUGCGUCGCAUCCGUGAGCAUCCUGAAAGCACGAUGGCGAGCGCGUGCUGCGGCCUGGCUUUCAUGGGUGUGCUCGGCGUCUUCAACCGCAUCACGUUCCCUGCCUUUAUCCUGGUUCCAGCAUUGCAACUGAUACCUCAUCUCUUUACUCGAACCAUGAGGAUCCCCAUCCUCUUGUUUGGCAGUCUUCUCACGAUGGCCAUUGCAGUCACAGUCGACACAGAAAUUUACGCGUCUGUUCGGCCCUCGUUCAGCAAUCUCCGUGGGACAACAAUAUUUACACCUCUCAACAACUUGAUGUACAAUCUCGAUCCCGAAAACCUCGCCGAGCACGGCCUACAUCCCUACUGGCAGCACUUCGCCGCUAACCUCCCGCAACUACUCGGCCCCGCGAUCCCCCUUCUACUCUUCUCCAGCCGAAAGAACGCCCUGUUCUGGUCCGGCAUCACCGGCAUCGCAGCCCUAUCCUGCUUCCAACACCAAGAAGCCCGCUUCUUACUCCCCGCCGUACCACUUCUCCUCGCCUCUGUCAAACUCCCUGUCCGCUUCUCCAACAUCUGGUUCAUCAGCUGGAUCCUCUUUAACGCCACCGUGGGCUUACUCUUCGGCGCCUACCACCAAGCCGGCAUCGUCCCUGCACAGCGCUUCCUCGCCCGCGGCACCAACACUGAACAAAUCACAUGGUGGCGCACAUACCCACCGCCCACCUGGCUCGGAGGUUCCUUUUUGAGCCCCGACGUCAAAGUCAAGGACUACAUGGGCACACCGCACGAUCAGCUGUUCCUUGAACUCUACAAUAGAGCUGAAUGCCAGGACGAGCGAACCAGGGUAUCGAUGCUCGUCGCGCCUUUGAGCGCAGUGGCGCUGGAUCCGUAUAUGGAGACUCCUGACAGCGGAAUGUACGGCGCUACUAUCAAGCUGGAAGAGGUGUGGCGGACGAGUAAGCAUAUCAGAUUGGAUGAUCUUGACUUUGCAGGUGAUGGUGUUUGGAAGACGUUGAGGAGGGUGAUUGGGAGGAGGGGCUUGGCUGUUUAUGUGAUUAACAAGAAGUGCUAG